CACGGGUGCGCCGAGCGCGUGUUGGGUUCCGGUGGAACGGUGUCAGACCCACCCUGUUCGUGGAAAGAAGGAAGAGCUCGAAGUCGCCGCGAUCAAGAAGAGCCCGAGUCGGAGGUUUUGGACAGCGGCGGUGUCGCUCCCGACCGCAACAAAUCCGUCGCCUUUCUCUCGAUUCCAUCCAGCCUCUCUGCUCCAAUGACAACUACGAUGUGACAAAAUUCAAGUGUGAAACGAGCAGUUCGUCUCCUGCCUGAGUAAUGAACUUUUGGAAUGUUGUCUUUGGAGGCCUCAUUCCAAGGUACUCCUUCUCUGCAAGCAAGCAUCUCACAAUGGAGGGUCGGUUUGUAAGUCUUGGGAGAAAAUGUUGAUUCUGGGGAGGACAUUUAGACAGUUCGGUUGCGUUGCGAGAGUUGUAGAGCUUAAAUGCCAAAGGUGCAGAUGUUCAUCUCCCCCGACACUUUGUGCUUUCCAUGUCUGCCUUGUUUGGGUGACACUGGCAUAUGUGCUUUUGCUUCGCCCUUCGGGGGAUACGGCGGCGGUGAGGGUAUCAGUUCUUUCCGUGCAUCCCAUGGUUUUCUCCACCUGUGUUGGUCUGUUUCUGGGUACCUUACACGUGAAGCUUUGUGCAAGUGUGGGACCCGGGCGGGACCCGUCGAGUGUCGCUGGGGCAGUUUAUCAUGAGGCGGUGUAAUCGGGGUGCGGAGAAUCUUGGCCUCGGAUGAUGCGGGACCCACUGUUUCCUCCAGUCACGCGGCAGGUACGCGUUGCGGCGGAAGAAAUUUCAGGUAAAUUGACGCAAAAGCGCUUGGCGGAGCUGACGUGUAUAAAAUGCAAGCUAGAAUUCUCGAAGCGAGACGGAGGGAGGCGGUUACUUUCUUGCUUGGGUCUCUCCGCUAUCUCGUUCUCCUCCUCUUUCUUCGUUUCGAUCUCCCUCCGAGGUCGCCAAUGGCCGCCUCUCUCCAAGGCUUGGUUCCCCUCCGACGCCCUGACCCUGAUAUUUAUGGCAUCCGACCGGGCGCCGACUCCUUCCCGGUGGUCGUCGCCCCCUGCUUCCUGGGUCCGGCCCAUUCCCCGCUCUCGAAGAGGCGGUUGGGAGCUCGCCUCGUGUCCGUGGAUCGGCGGUCGAUGAAAAUCAUUCCUCUCGCGGCUUCUCGCGAGGAACAGAAUCGUUCAGAUAUUGAAUUGGAGAAAGAUGCUGGGGCAUCACAAGAAGCAUGGAAGAAGGCACUACACCGAUUCAUGACUGAAGCCCUGAAAGUCAUGGCCGUAUCAGAAGGAGCAUAUGUGAUUUACUCAAAGAAAGCAAUAGAAAUAUUGAUGGAUACAUUUGAGAAGCUCAAGAUCCAAGCUGAUAAAGCACGGGAUGAUUUGAGAAUAAUAGCCAAAGAAUUUUCAAAAGAAGGAAAAGAAUAUUUUUCAGCAGCAGCGAAGAAUUCUCCUGACUCAUUGAGAGACAUUUUGGAAAUUUAUGCAUCAGCAAGUGACUUGAAGAACACGUCUGCCAUUAGAGAUUUUUACCUUGGAAUUCCGUAUGGUUCCUUUCUUGCCGUUGGUGGUUUCAUUUAUUUCAUGCUAACCGGAAGCAUUCCUGCCAUUCGUUUUGGUGUUAUACUUGGCACUGCAAUUUUGGCUCUGAGCGUGUCAAGCUUGAGGUCAUGGAAGAAUGGGAAAGCAACCUCACUUCUUUUGAUAGGGCAAACUGCAAUUUCCAGUAUUAUAUUCUGCAGGCAGUGGUUGUUGUGUUCUGAGAGGGGUUCAUUUUCAAGCCUUUUGACAGUUCUUAUCAGUGGUGCAAUGGUAGGUUUCUAUGCCUAUAGGUUCGUGAUUGAUCAUCGUGAGGGUCCCAAGCGUGGAACAGAGUUCAGAGAGUUGGUGAUUGGUGAAGGUGACCAGUAUUAAUCUCUUCCUUCGCCUUCUCUUCCGUCAACCUGAUUCGGAAGGAGUGAUUCGCAUUGCUCUUUUUUUCACUAUAUUCUGUAAUUGUGUAGGGGCUCGUAUAUGUUCCAUCUGUCAUCAUUUUGUACUUCUUUUCUUUUCAUCCUUUAAAAAAAAGUGUCUUUAUAAAAAAAUAAAUUUACUGAAAAAACAA